GCCGCGCGCCACCGCCGCCCUCUAGGUGGCUGGAGGGGCAGACGGAGGCGGCGCGUCGGCGGAAGCCAUGUUUGUGGCGCGCAGCAUCGCGGCGGACCACAAGGAUCUCAUCCAUGAUGUCUCUUUCGACUUCCACGGGCGGCGGAUGGCCACCUGCUCCAGCGACCAGAGCGUCAAGGUCUGGGAUAAAAGUGAAAGUGGAGAUUGGCAUUGUACUGCUAGCUGGAAGACACACAGUGGAUCUGUAUGGCGUGUGACAUGGGCCCACCCUGAAUUUGGACAGGUUUUAGCUUCCUGUUCUUUUGACCGAACAGCUGCUGUUUGGGAAGAAAUAGUAGGAGAAUCGAAUGAUAAACUGCGAGGACAGAGUCACUGGGUGAGACAUUUGUUAGUCCUGAGGGAAGCAGGACAUGGAAGUGGGACAUGUGAGCAGGAGCAUGAGUAAAUCUAAGAGUACCUACCUUAGACACUGGGUAAUGUGACAUCACUUCCCAGUGUACUUUAUCAAUUUCACUGUUUUUCCAUGUUUCUCCAGGGUACCUAUGGCAUUGUUUCAUUAUGACCCAUGAUAA